AUGACUGAACCGAUUUAUUUCAAUUUACUGAAAGCGAGCAAGAUUGUCAAAGCUUCUGCUGCUGCCUACAUAACUUUCCUCCAAAACUGGCUGGCGAAAGCUAAGAAGAAGCUAGCUACAACAACAAUGACAAAUGACGAAGACGACUACGACUAUAGCGAUUACGACAAUAAUAAUGGAAACAACCAAGGCCAAGUGCAACCUCCAGCACCAACACCAGCGCCGGUGGUGGUAACAACAACUGUGAAUCCAAGGUCGAGACUUGCUCAAGGACUGGUUACGAACAAGAAGGGCAAAAACCUCCCGAGGGCGCGAAAUAUGCUGAAACUGGAAUACGACUGCGCACUCGAAGCCUCGGCCAAAAAGGCUGUGGAUAGAUGCUCGACAAAUCCGUCAGGCCUUUCAUCUGGUGUACAGGAGAAACAUCUACAGUCUUCGACAAGCCAGCGUUUCUUCUCGUGUUAA